GGUCUUCUUUAUUUUUUGUAUUUGAUUUUUUUUUUAAUAAUAUGUCUAUAUUGGAAAACAACAAGAGAAGUGUAUGUUAUCGUUGUAGGAAAGCAGGAACAGUGUACAGCCCUCUAAUUAGCUGUAAUUACUGUACUUUAUUUUGGCAUCUCGAUUGUCUUAUUCAGCCAAUGUCAAAUAUACCUGAAGAUUGGAAAUGUCCACGCCACCAAGAACGAUCUCAUACAAGAAAACAUAAAAAGAAGACCCUUAAUGGUAAUAUAGUGAAAAUUGUGCAGCAAGAGGAUAAUAUGUCAUUUCAUGAAGCAAAUGAUAUUGUAAAAUAUGGUAGUGUUAUAUAUUCUCUACCAACCUCCUCAAUAGAAAAUGAUUUUUUGAAUUACGCUAGAAAGUUUGUAUUGUACAAUAAUCUUUAGGAUCGAGAUUAUCAUUAUAACAUUUCAAAAUGUAAUAGAUGUCGAAAACAUAUAGCAAUUAAGAGUAGCAAAGAUCAAUAUGAUACAAAAGUAGAGCAAGCAAGAGAAUGGUUAGAUAAUGUGACAUCUUUUCAAUUCCAUGAUGGAAUUCAAAUGCUUUUAGAUGCAGCUAAUUAUGAUACACAUCAAUCAUCCUAUAUUAAUGAUAAGAUAUCAUUAGAAUUAAGUGAAGAAGAGUAUAAGAAGCUUGAAAUAGUUGAACAAUUAAUUAGACUUAAAGGUGAAGAGAAGCUCUUAAAAGAAUUAUAUUACUCGUAUGAAUAGUCUAUCUAUUAUCAAUGUUAAUAAUAAAACUAGCAAAUGAGUAAAAGAGAUAUUUUA